UGUGCUAUGGUCCGUAGAGAUGUGUACAGAGGGAGUGAGAAGCAGAUUGGCAGCCCGCUAGGAGGGUCUACCGAUAAUAGAAACUGGUAAUGUAGUCAUGUUGCAGUUGCUUGACUUGAAUUCGAGUUACACUGCCUGGAUACCUGUUUUCAUGUGGCGGCCUAGAGAAGACCAUCACUGGAAGGAAUAAAUUGCGCUGAGCUGCUGCUGGAGACACGAUUCCCCCAAACAAGAAUGGGGUCUCAAACAGUACUAAAGGUUAAGAUAGCGACAUAAUAUUUAGUUCUCUAAUGGCAAAUUUUGCAAAUUACCAAGAAGGUAAAGCCGCUAUGUUGAUGCUGGAGACACAGCAGAGAGCUAUUGGGGAUAAACCGGCGGCCAACGGCGACACUUCUGUUGGGGAACCCCCUUCUUCCCUACUUAAUAGCAGUGGCGCUCCUUUCCAUCAGCACCUACCGCCCUCUGACCAGCAGACCGCACAGCCAAAGGGACUCCAGCAACAACAGUGUCGUUACCAGGCGCCGCAACAUUUCGAUAACGAGAACCACCAGGAAUCCCCGUCGUCUGUGAAACCGGCACACGAGCACGUCGCUGCUACUUCAAGCCACACACAGGCUACCUCCGUCGCCACUGCUGUAGCUGUGAACGCCGGUGCCGCUGCUGCCGACGGAGUGGGUGACAUUAAAAAGUGCGGUUACCUGAGGAAACAGAAACACGGCCACAAGAGGUUUUUUGUCUUGCGGUCGUCAAGUCAUUUAGGGCCCGGACGACUGGAGUACUAUGAUAGCGAAAAGAAAUUUCGUAGUAGCCUACGUUCCGCCGCUGCUGUCAGCUCUGGCGUCUCAUCUGCCGGUGCUGCCGCGACUGCCUCUCCUUCCAAAAGGGUGAUUUACCUCUACCAGUGCUUCACUGUAAAUAAAAGGGCGGAUUCUAAGAACAAACACCUCAUAGCUCUGUAUACUAAAGAUGAGUAUUUUGCGAUUGUAGCUGAGAAUGAGCAAGAGCAGGAGGACUGGUACAUGGCCCUGAGUGAGCUGAUGGGUGAAGGUAAAAAAGGUCACAUGGACGCGGAUGAGCUCGAUGACGGCUACGGUACGGUCACCCCAGGCACUGUGUUCAAGGAGGUGUGGCAGGUAAAUGUAAAGCCCAAAGGCCUCGGUCAAACAAAAAAUCUCACUGGUGUAUACAGGCUGUGCCUCUCUGCUAAGACCAUCCACUUGGUAAAACUGAACUCCGAGACUCCAUGUGUAAACUUGCAGCUAAUGAAUAUCAGACGCUGCGGACAUUCUGAAAGCUUCUUCUUCAUAGAGGUUGGCCGUUCCUCUUCUAUUGGCCCAGGGGAGUUAUGGAUGCAGGUGGAUGACUCAGUGGUGGCUCAGAACAUGCACGAGACCAUUUUAGAAACCAUGAAGGCAUUAAAAGCCUUCACUGAAUUCAGACCAAGGAGUAAAAGUCAGUCGUCGGGUUCCAACCCCAUGCCUUUCAUCACCAUGCGACGUCACUUGGGGAACCUUCCACCCAGCCAGACCGGCCUUCAGCGGCGCUCACGGACUGAGUCUGUGGUGGGCACCCCACCUAGUAGUAAGAGCAGUGGGGCGAGUGGAUACCGGUUUCGUACCUCCAGCGAGGGGGAGGGCACCAUGAACCGCCCCUUUCGGUCAGUCACAGGCAGCCUGAUACACCUAAACGCUGCCCGUGCCAACCUGGGCAGACAGGAUAGCAGUGGGGGAGCCACUAACCGAUAUGUGCGGGCCCCGCCUAGUGCUGCCAUCUACCAUGCACGGUCCGCAUCACUUCCUGUCUCUCACUUCCCAGCCACCACCAGCCCGGUGAGCGUGUCCAGUAGCAGUGGCCAUGGCUCUGUCACUGAUACCAUAACCCGCCCUUCCAGUGCCUCUAUCUGUGGCUCGCCCAGCGACGGUGGCUUCAACUCGUCUGACGAGUACGGCUCCAGCCCCGGAGACUUCCGUUACUUCAGGGUACGCAGCAACACGCCUGAUUCACUGAGCAACACUCCACCCAUCCGGGAGGAGCACUGUCUCAGAGACUACAUGGCCAUGGGCUGGAACCGAGAUAUGUCUGGGUGUAGUGGCGGGGAGGUGGCCCACGAUGAGAGUGCUGAGGAAGAUUCUCGUACAGGCUCACUCAGGAGGCGGACCCCCUCCUUCUCCAGACAGGUGGGGAGUGGCAGUGCAGGAUGUGUAGCUGUGUACCAGAAGAUGACUCAGACCAACUUCUUGCUGGACGAGGCUGCGGCUGAGGGAAGUGCUCUGGGCAGCAGCAGCCAGGCCACCUCCACCUCCUCCUCGCUCCGCUCUGAAUACAGCUCCAGCUCCGAACACAGCCAGGACCGACCCCCUUUAGUGCGGGCUCCAGACUCCUUUAAAGACGACGGCUACAUGCCCAUGAUGGCUGGCGUCGUGCCCUCCCAGCGUGAUGCGGACUAUAUGCCUAUGCAACCCAGUACCCUCCUGUCUGCCACCCCGCCGAAACAGAGCACUGCUUCGCCUUCCUCUCGGCACGUGGACUCCCAAGGCUAUAUGAUGAUGCUCCCUGGUGGGGGUAGCAGGACGGAUAGCUCAGCACCAGCCAGCCCUCAUAUUAGCAGCAGGGCUGUCAAUCGGAGAGGCACGGGGCACCCUGAGAAAGGAGAAUAUAUGGACAUGUCGAAGAGUAGGCCCAUGGCAGGUGGGCAUAAACUCUCUAACGACGCUUACUACACGCUGACCACUCCUGAGACACUCAAGUCCUCUAGCUCAUAUUUCUCCCUACCGCGCUCAUACAAAGCCCCAGCAAGGGACCGGACCGAGCAUGAUGAGUACGUCCCCAUGAGCUCACCUGCCAAGCCUGCUUGUGACCCUACCACUAGCACAUGUGAGUACGAUGGUACGCCUCCCCCUGGCUUUGCACCCCAGCACAAUGGCUGCAGUGACGAGCUUGUGACAGACCCCCGCGUGGCGCGUCCUAACCGCCUCCUCCUCAGCCGACGCAGCUGUCAUGAAGAGGGCCGUCCCUCCAGCCCUGGAGAGUACAUCAACAUUGAGUUUGGGGAGCAGGCUUUACAGCCCGCCUGCCCCAUCACAAUAGAGGAUUCCAUCCCUGUCCCUAGUGUUAGCAGGGCAUGCCAUCGCUCACCUCUUCCCCAGGAGUACAUGAGCAUAGAGGUGGAUGGCCUUCCCCCCAAAAGCCAAUCUCCACGGCCCUCCCUGGUGGCCCCCUGGAACCCACCUACUUACGUUCAGCCCUCGGCCUCUUCGUCCUCCCAUCACGAUGGGGUCACUGUGGGUCGACCGGAUGACUACACAGAGAUGAGCUUCCGCCGGCGGGAGGAGUCCCAGAGUCCCUCGGCCAUGCUGCAGCACUUGUGUGUUCUGGAGCAGUGCUACCCAAGCUCGACUCCCCGUGCCGAGCCAAAGGUAAUCCGCGCUGACCCCCAGGGCAGGCGGAGACACAGCUCCGAGACCUUCGUCACGCUGGCCACCGUGGCUGGUGGGGAUGGUGCUGAUGUGGGCGUGCCAGUGCCCAGCAGCGACCCGCAGGCGGCAGGCAGUAAGUGGCAGGGCUCACCAUCCUUUGACACCAUGUGGAUGUGUGUGGACAGCACGGCAGCAGGGGAGCCAGCCGGCUUCUGCUUGGACCAAGCUGAAGCAAGCGUCUCCUCCCUGAGGACUGAAAGGACAGUGGAACAUCAGAAUGGCAUCAACUACAUCGCUCUGGACCUGAAGGAGGACCUGCUGCCUGGGAGCACCCACGAUGCACACCCCUCAUCGCCUUCUAGUCUGCCUCUCCCCGAAAACAGGGCCUACACCAGCAUAGACUACACCAAACCUGAAGGGAUCGCUGCAGCUACUAAAGACUGAAGAUGAGCUACUUGGCUGCACUAUAGUGGAUCAGUCAUAGCGCCCAGGCACCAGUGUACCAUCUCAUACCCUGCAGAAACGAAGAUCCCAGGAGCCCUCAUGUUGAGCUCACGUGAUGUCUGGCAUCAUCUUUUGCCUCUUUGUUGUUUUUAAUGCAUUAUUAUGAUGAUGAUGAUGAUGAUGAUUUUGAUUUUGAUUUUGGAUUUAUUUUCAAUUGCUGCAUAAAAAGGGAAGUUCACGCACUGAGAGAAACCCAAUGCUCCAGACAGUGGUCUAGUCGUUCCUGAGGUAGAUAUAUGCUGUUUACAAGCAUUACUGACUAAAUUGCAUUUGCAGCUUGCAUAGAUUUCAGGUACAUUUCUUUGACAGACGUUACUUUUUCAGGGUUUACCUGGGAGACAUCACUCCCUCCCCCCCAACCCCCCCGCCUGCUUUUCCCCUUCACCCUCUUGGUUUGAAAGUAUUAAUUUUGCAACUGUUACACUCACUGCUCAUGUGUUUUUGUCAGCUGAUGAAUUCUCCACUUGCACCAUCACUGCUAUCCCAUAGUGCCUGAUGGUGUUGUGUGGGCCAUGACGCACUGGAGUCACCUCAACCCUCCGUUGGGCCCCAGGUGCGACAGGCCUGCACAUUCUUUGCAUGUGACACGGUCCAAACGUCCCCUUCCUUGGUAGGGAGCACCCUGCCUCCUCUCUCCUCAGCCAGACAUGUGGCAUGAACGGCGGGGGGAGGAGAGGAGUGGAAGAAAAGAGGAAGCAUCUAUUCUGGGACUAAACAAAAUGCCAGAUGAGAUCUGCUACCAUCUCUUGACGCUAACAGAGCCAGUGUAGGGCCAUAGACAGCAUUACCAUAAUUGACACGAAUGAAAACAGCCCUUCGAAGAUACCCUCGUAGUAGAGGAGCUGCAGUAAGAAGCUUUAUGGCCUGACAUGCACUAAUUCUGCUGUUAAUAGCGAAUAGGCAACAUCAUGUUUAAAUGUUCAGUGCUGAACUAGCUUGGGUAUCUCAACUCUCCCAGCUUCACAAAGCAGACCUGUCAUAGAUGUACCAUUCUAAUGAACCCACCCAGAACAAUAUGACGUGUUCAGAGAAAAAAAAAUGUCUGAACUGUGUGAGAAACUCAGAGGAUUUACUUUUCUUCUUUCUCAACUGGCAGAGUUUUGAGUUAUAUUUUUCCCCUUUCAGUAUUGUACACAUAGUGUGCCAUGCUUUGAUUGGGUACUUCUUGUAUGAAGUUGUAUAACAGGAUUAAAGCCGAAUCCUUGCCUUACUGUCGUAAUUCAUCGUGGUCUGUAUCUACUUUAAAAAAAAAAAACAAGUGAAUAGUACAAAGGGAAAUGGGGAUAAAUAAAGAAAGACCUGUACAUUAUCUACAGCUCAAGAUUGAUUUUGUUUUGGUUUGCUAGGUACCAUAAAUAAACCCCUUUCCUCAUUUCAGUCAUUUCAAUAUAUGAUAUAAAUGAACCAAAUGUGAAAGAUUUGACAUGAUGCUUGCAGUGAGAAUAAAAAUAUACAAAAUAUAGUAAAUAAAUAUAGAUUUAUUUUCAUGUUAUUUUGUUGUUGUACGAUUGGUGGUACUGAAAGUUCAUAAAUGUGAAAGUAAUCUCUAGAAGUUCAAGUCCUUUGAUGUUUCAGUCCCUUCUGGCUAAGGGAGCACUCACUCUGUGCCUCCAUCUGUUUAUGUAUCAGACGCUUGUCUUAAAGAGCACAGACUGACGUGUCCAACUUUAAUGAAUCUCGAACCGUUAUGGCCAUAUUUGAGACAGAGUGUUUAGUCCAAUUUUGUAAGGUAAAGAGAUGCAACAAUAGAAAUGAUGAUGUAACAUGAACAUAGCUUUAGUUUUUUGGGAGGGGGAGAUGGAGUAAUACAGUAUUAUACAAAGGUUUACCACCAAGAAGCUCUAUUUUAGCAUGUCAUGCAAAUUUAGGAACCUUCUCCAAAAGCUUGAUCCAGUUCUGCCCUCAAACUAUCUAUUUCUAUUGUUUUUGCUAUAUAAAUGAUUUUUGUUUUCUACUUUGUUACAACUGUUGAUUUACCAUAUUUUGAGGAAUUAUAAUUCAUAUUUAAAAUGAACAAAGAAGUACACAAUAUACAAUUGCAUAGAGAUGCAGCAUUAAUAUGCAAGUUUAGUUUUUCUUUAUUUGGAAUAGUUUAAACAGAUGACUUGAUCUUUUUGGAAUUAUAUGGAAUUGUUUUAUUAAUUAGUUAAUUUUCCAAAUCCAUAUUCUUUGCAAGAGUUUCAGGAAGUUGGGGAAUUCGCCAGAGUGAAAACAAUUUGGUGCAAUUGCAUUUUAUUUGCUAGUUAACAAAAAAAGGGAUGGGGGGUGUGAAAGUUGAUGGCUGUUAUUGACUGAAUUCAGUUUAGCUGUGGAGGUGUUCUCCUUUGUUGUGUACGCUGUCACAGAGUCUGAAAGGGCAAAAAUAAAACAGGAGAAAGGAUUCUGUUAACAGCUGUUCAUGGCUGUGUCCUUUGUACAUACUGUUGCUUUUUUCAUGUUGAAUUUUUUUCCCUUCUCUUUUUCCUCCGGGGGGAAAGGGAGAGUGAGAGCUGAUACACUUUUGAGUAUUGCAUAGUGUUUAUAUUUAUCAAUCUUUUUGCUUUCAACAGAGCUAUUGCAAUAAAAAAAAAAGUGCUAAUGUAA